AUGGAUAAUCCAGUGGCGCGCAAGCGCCAACAGCGUGAGGAAUACCGUCGCAAGAUCCAAGAGCAAACAGAACGUGGAGAUGCCGACGUCGCCAGCGUGAAGAUGCCGCAGAAGAGAUACUUCCGGCAGCGCGCGCAUGCCAAUCCAUUCUCGGAUCACAAAUUGGACUAUCCAAUUAGCCCGGCGCAUAUGGACUGGGCGUCGCACUAUCCUGCGUUUGUGGAUCCUGAUCCGUCAAAGGUCAACCUCGGUGGCACGAGAAAACUGCUCAAGGAUGUGGAAGUGGUAGACAUUGGAUGCGGGUUUGGUGGGUUGCUGGUUGGACUAGCACCCAUCUUGCCAGAAACUCUCAUUGUUGGCAUGGAAAUCCGCAUCUCAGUGUUGGACUACGUCCGCAGUCGCAUCACCGCUCUCCGUCUGCAACAACAAAACCUCAAGAAGAUCGCCGCCGCAAACGAUGCGUCCGAAGCGCCCUCUGACACACCUGCAGCACCUGCAGUCGAAGAUGACGAGGUCGGUAGCACAACCACCAUCGUCCCUGGGAAUUACGAAAAUAUCACCGGCAUCCGCGCCAACACCAUGAAGUUCCUCCCCAACUUCUUCGGCCAUCACCAACUCUCCAAGAUCUUUGUGUGUUUCCCGGAUCCGCACUUCAAGGCGCGCAAGCACAAGGCUCGAAUUAUCUCCGAGUCGCUGAAUGCAGAGUAUGCGUACGUGCUCAGGCCCGGCGGCCUGCUGUACACCAUCACUGAUGUGGAGGAAUACCAUCACUGGGUCUUGCGGCACUUCCGAUACGAAACUGAAGAAGGAGAGAUGGCGCCUGAACGGACGGGCGGCAUUCGUGAUCUGUGGGAGUUGGUGUCGGACGAAGAGCUGGAGGCCGACCCUUGCGUGCGUGUGAUGAAAUUUGAGACGGAAGAAUCGAAGAAGGUCACUCGGAAUAACGGCAACAAAUACGUGGCUGUUUUCCGACGUAAAGCAGACCCCGAGUGGCCUGCGUAA